AUGACAAAAGAACAACCACCACAGCAACAGCAACAGAGGGCAACUAAUAUCUCCGGAAGUCUUGACCAACCGAAUAAAAGAUCCAUGUCUCACAGAAACAAUAACUCCACUGAAAUAGACGAAACAUCUACUAGACUUGUAGGAUUUAAUCCUUUACCUAUUUUAAAAAGACAAAAGAGAGAGAAUAACAAGACUAUUUAUUCAAAGGAUUAUGUUCAAAAGUUAUUGAGUGGUGAAAAUGAAACUUUUACAACUGGUGUUGAAUCCUCUCUUAAAGAUCAAGAUGAUUUUAAAGAUUUUGUGAAAUUUAAAGAAUAUAUAUUAAGGCAUUUAAAUCUUACCUUGCCAUCAAAACAUAUUAGAUUGUAUUCCUAUUUGAAGGACACUUAUAAUGAAAUAUCUAGAAUCUUGGAACAAUCAAUUAUACAAAAGGAGAGUCAUUCUGUUAUUACUGUGGGCCCCAGGAAUAGCUUCAAAUCCUUUUUGAUCAAUUAUAAAUUAGAUUUACUGUCUGAAGAUUAUCGUGACCAAUUUAUCACUAUCAAACUUAAUGGAUUUAUUCACUCAGAAAAUGCUGCAAUUAAUGGUAUUGCCACACAAUUAGAGAAUCAAUUGAAAAAAAUAAAUUCUCAGAGGAAUAAUAGUACGCAUAUCAAUAUAAAUAGUUCUAGGUUGGAAGACAAUAAGAGAAAAGAGAGGGAAGAAGAAACAAAAGAAAAAAGCACGAAGAAAAAUACAGAUAACAGUGAUGUUAGCGUGAACCAAGAUGAUAAUUCAAACAAUAUUAGCAGUGGUUCAUUAACAGAAGUUUUCGAAAAAAUUUUAAGAUUAUUAGAUUCUGCUUCAAAGGAAAAGAUUUCCUCUUCAACUAGCAAAACUUCAGAGACCACCAAAAUCACUGUUGUGUUUAUUUUUGAUGAAAUUGAUACAUUUGCCGGCCCCGUGAGACAAACUUUAUUGUAUAAUUUAUUUGAUAUGGUUGAACAUGCUAGAGUACCAGUAUGUAUCUUUGGAAACACUACAAAAUUAAACAUUUUGGAAUUAUUGGAAAAAAGAGUUAAAAGUAGAUUUUCACAAAGGAUUAUUUAUAUACCCAAAAUCAAUUCACUAGAUAAUUUUAAGUUGGCUAUAGAGGAACAAUUAGUUCCAAUGGAAGGAAUUGACAACUACAAAAAUAUUAAAUAUGUAAAGGAAUGGAAAACUUUUAUUCAAAUAUUAUUACAAGAUGAGGAUUCAAAAUUGUUUCAAAAUAUUAAAAUAAACUAUGAAACCUUUAAAUCGUUAAUUACUUUCAGAAAUGGUAUUACUCCAUUAAUAGUUGAAGCUACAAGUUUCAAAGACUUGAAAGAUAUGUUCCAGAGCAUGGAGUUGUUUACCAAGUAUAAUGUAAAUCAAUUACAAUCUAGUCUUUCAGCAAGAGUCAAAUCGCUAUCUAAUCUAGAAUUAGCUAUAUUGAUCUGUUCUUGCCGUGUAGCAUUAAAAACUAAAGAUGAUACUACAAACUUCAAUUUAACUUAUUCAGAAUACAAAUCUAUGGUAAAACUAAUGAAUAGUAUGAUACCGUCCUCCUCAACCACAACUUUAUUUAAUAAUAGUAAUAUCUUUGAACAUUCGAUGAAAUUGUGGUCUAAGAAGGAUAUCAAGAAUAUUUGGGAAACUUUACAAGCACUGGACUUCCUCACCGAUAGGGGUGCAGUUGGGCUGAGAGAAUCUGCAAUUGCUGUAUUCUAUGCAAGUAAUUAUACACUACAAGGUACUAACAUGCCGUUUGAUUUAAGAGUUUACCAAAACCAGGUAACUUUACAAGAAUUAAGAAGGAUUGUCCCCUCUUCAUCUAUAUAUUAUUCCUGGACUCAAUUAUGA